AUGACGGGAUCUGACGAAGGGUUACCGGGUAGAGACCUCUUAACUCUGGAGAAGCAGGAAGACGAACUUGAGAGUUCAGAUGCAAAGGCGCAAGAUGAAGACGUGGAACAAACUAGUUGCCGUACAGCGCCUCCGCAGGCACCGACAUGCACCGAACCAGAACUGCCCGACCAGGCCAGGACGAGUGUGCGUGAGGCGGCCAGCCACUUUGCUUCGCCUGCUCCUGUAGAGGGGGCGCCCAGCGAUAAUGAUAUCAGCACGCAUAAUUCUUUGCCUGCAGCCCCAGCAACGGAUGCAAGGUGCAAAGAUAGCGAUCCACCGGAAGAGGAUGUCGCGCCCGAAAUAACAGCCGACGCUAUUGCUGCUGCAUCCGCAGCCUUCAACACCAAAAGUGAACAAAGCCAGCCCGAUGCGCCUGCCUCAACUGUGGUCGAACCAUCGGUCCCCCAAAGCAUGGCUUCAGAGAUGCCUCCCCCUGCAUUCUUACCGCGCCAACUUCGCAUGAAAAGACAUGCUAACAAAGCACGCGCGCCUGCUGCGUCGAGUGCUUUGGUGUCCACAACUCCCACUGCGGCUGUUCAGACGCAUGAAGAGGGAGAACAGCAGGAGGCGCAAGCACAUUCUGACAAUGAGCAGGCCGCAAAAAGUGACAGCAGCAAGGUGGACGAUGAAUUCGUCCUUUUUAUGAAGGAAAUUCAGCAGCUGGACAGUCAAAGAGAAGCCGAACAAAAGAACUCAAUUUCAGGCGGCCAAGAAGCGACGUCUACCGCAUCUGUAGCGGAUACGCCGGAAGAUAGCCAGCAACUAGCAGUGCUUAGUCCAUCCGCUUCUGAGAGUCCUCAGAACAUUGCAGACCAACGGAUGGAGACCACUGCUAGUCGUGAGCAGCAGCAACAACAUGGGAAUGUGGCCGCUUGGCAAGCGGUUGUAGAUGCUGUAACUGGCAAGACUUACUACUGGAAUGUAACAACUGAUGAAGUUACGUGGGAGCUGCCUGGAAGCUUGGUACACACCAGUGCUGCACAGGGCGAAAUGCAUGACGAACAGCAGCAGCAACAGGACCUGCGACAGUGGGCUGCGUCAAAAUUUCGACUAACCCAGGAGCUGCCAACGUGCUCGGAGAAAGUCCAGCAGCUUAUAUUCCAGUUAGACUUCAUGGAGGAGGAAUUGGACGCAGAGCACGAUAGCUCUUCGAUGACUCAGGCAGCCGUUCCUAGUGAAAAGGCUGAUAUCAGUCUGCGCUUACAGCGGUUUCGUUCCAUGAGGCGGCAGCGGGAGCCGCAGCGGCAAAAACGACUUCAAGAGGGGAAAGCUAGUGGCUCAGAUGACGAAUUUCUAAAGGAAUUGAUAGACCUUCAGCUUCAACAAGAUCGACGCACCGACCCUUCACAGUGCCUGGCAUGCAGGCAGCGGCUGGCGGAGUCCAGAGGAACACAGCCUCAGCAGGCAAAGGUUCGCUCGCUGGCUUCUUCGCUUGCACGGCGUCUUGGAAAUGUGGAGAAGGAGUGGGCUUCAGCAAUGCUAGCUGCAUUGAAAGCCCGGUUGGACGAUUGGAUAGAUGGAGGCCUUAGUAGUAGCUUUUUCCUUAAAAGGCUUGAAAGAAUGCAACAAGAUUUCCAGGUAUUUGAGCUCCUCAGUCCCUGCGGCCCUAAGCAACUUGUGCAUGACGUAGAGGCAGAAGGCCGCUGUCAAGAACUGGCAUCCGCAUUCCCAUACUCCGCUGCGGCGGCAGCUGUCUCCUCCACUGGAGCAGCAAAGGCAGCUCCUCGGAAUUGCCUAGCGGAUGUGACGGGCGCAUCCGCGCCGGAUAAGGGAGGCACUGGCCGCUCUGCAAGUGGCUCCAGGAACGCUGGUGCUGUGCCAAGAGGCAUCGGCAAACCCAGCGAGGAGUCGACGGCAGUGUGCACUGCCCCUCCUACCCCUGAAGGGCCCCCACCGACGCUUCCCGAUGAAGUGCCUCCAGCAGCAUCAGAAGCCGCAAAAGCGGGGGCAGCACCAGCAGCAGGUAUGUCGCUGGUUCUGUUCAAUACUUUGCAGACGGUCAAGAACCCGUGGCUAGUCCUCCGCACAGAUGUGGAUCAUCAGCGUCAACAAGAAGCAGAUCCAAAGGCUCCUGCGGUCGCGCGGGAUGGAGCCCAAGGGUCUGGUGUGACUGCGGUGCCUGCUAAGCGGCCGCUCGGCAACUCUGGCGUCAAAAAGAUCAGCUCUUCCAAUCCUCUUGUCCGGAAGCGCAUGCAGCUCGUUGAAAAGUGGCAGAAGAGUCGGGAGAAGGAUGAGGAAUCCGAAGAGGAGGACUAUGACAAACGGAAGGAGAGAUUAAAGCAGAAGAAAAUUGAAGAAUGGAAGGAGAGGGAAAUGGCAAGAUGUGCGUCGUCCAGUCGAGAAUUGUGA